GGGCGGGGCUGGGAGAGGCCCCGCCCCUUUAACCCUUCACGAGUCAGAGUUUUUUUUCUGAGCCAGGCGCUGACUUUCUCGCCCCUUGCGCAGCGGGACCCCAGCGGAGCGGAGCGGAGGGGGCCGGCCCGGGCCAGCGCCCCAUUGAGGAUGUACGUUCCUGCUAGAGGUAAAUAAAAAUCCAGCCGCUUCCGCCCCAGAGGGAGGAGAGAAACCUCGAGUGGAGGAGGAAAAGGGCGAAGGACGCCGAGAAGCAAAGGCCACCCCCGAGGUUUUCGGCGCGUUUGCAUCGGGGUGCGGAGAAAUGACCGGAUAGAGAGCGAAUCCCGGCCCCACACGAGCUUGGGUGGCGGUGGAAUUGUCCUCGGGAAAGCGAGCUCCAUUUCUGGAUUACAAAACAGGAAGACGAAGACUCUGGCUUGCUCUGUACGUGACUCAUUGAUCUCCAGACUUGGGAUUCGUACAGGAUGCCGAUUCUGAAGCAGUCCCCCAUCUCCCAGUCGAAGAAGAGGUCCCGCAUCGGGCGGGACAUGAUCAGCGCCCCGCUGGGGGAUUUCCGGCACACCAUGCACGUCGGCCGGGGCGGGGACGUCUUCGGGGACACCUCCUUUCUCAGCAACCACGGGGGCCCCAAGGCCAACGGGCUGCCCCCCGCCACCGAGGCCCUGGCGCCGGCCCAGUCCCCCAGCCGCCUCUCGGGGUCCUCCGGCAGCCCGGCUGAUUUGGGGGGCGGCCCCGGCGCCCUGGAUUUGCCCCCCGCUGGCUGGGAGGGGGAACUACAACACGCCGAGUCCCUGUUCUCCUUCGAGUUGGAUCUGGGGCCGUCCAUUCUGGAUGAGGUGUUGGGGGUCAUGGACAAGGGCGGGGAGCAGCCCCGGAGCGAGGACGUCAGGGCGGAGAGGCCGGUGGGGGGACAGGGGCUGGGCCACGGGGCGGCUCCCCAGGCAGGGGAGGAGGAAGAGGAGGAAGAAGAGGAGGAGGAGGAGGAGGAAGGCACCGGGCAUGGAUACACAUUUGACGAUGAUCUGGAUGACGAGAUUGGGCUAUAGGAGAGGGGGUUCAGCUCCCCUCCCAUCCCUCCAUUCCCCCCUAUUCCCUCCACCUGUCUCCUCCCCUGUCCCUUCAUCCACGCCCCUCCUGCUUCAGCCAUCCCCCUCUUCCCUUGUGUGUGUUCUCUCUGUCUUUUCCUCUUUCAUUCUUCCUUACCCUCCUUUCAUGCGCUUCCCCCUUCUCUUUCUUUUGCUCCUGCUCUCUUUUCUGCCAAUUCUUCCUUUCAUUCUUUUUUUUCGUUCACUUAUUCUUACCCCCUAGCCGGCCCCCUCCCCAUGGCAGUACCGGUUCUCUGAGGUUGGUGAUCCUAUCUGCAAUGGAAAGUCCAAUGUGUUUGAUCCUAAUUUUCACCUCGUUGUCUGUAUGGAUUUCUGGAAUCCUAAUCCACCCACCCGUCCGUUGACUGGUCAACUCAUCAAUACGUCUAUUUAUUAAUGAGCCCCUCAAUCAAUCCACCAACCCACGGAUUGCCCAAUCAACCCAUCAAUACAUUGAUCAACUUGUCAAUCCAUUUAUCAAUCAACCCGUCAAUUGAUCAACAAUCAAUCUACCACCAAAGAACAAUCGGCCCAUUGGCUGACAAAAUGAGCUAUCAACAGUCAGCCCCCCGCAACUGAUCAAUCGGCCGAUGGACCCAUCAACCAUCAAUCCACCAAUUGACCUGCCAACUAAGUUAUUGACCAACCAAUUGACCGAUGGAACAGUCAAUGAUCAACAAAGCAACCAGUCAACCCAUCAGCGGACUAGUCAAGAAUCAACCCACCAGUCGACCAGUCAGCCAACCAGUGAAACAGUCAACAAUCAACCAACCAAUUGGUCGGUGGAAUGGUCAACGGUCAACCAAUUGACUAGCCAACCCAUCAGCGCAAUAGUCAUGAAUCAAGCCACCAAUCGACCACUCAACCAACCAGUGGAACAAUCAACCAACCUGUUGACCAACCAAUCAAUCAAUCCACCGAUCAUCUCAGCAAUUGACCAAAUAACCCACCAAUCAGCAUCCCAGUUCCUCUCCCUCAUUCCCCUCUCCCAAUGGGAGAAGGAACUCCUGAACUGAAAGAAGAGACAGUUUGAUGUUGGUUUUGUGUGUAUCCAUCUCACACCCCAUCUGGACUCUGGGCUCACAAGAGAUGGACUCGGACAAGAGCAGUGGUACCGGGGUGGUUGAGGGGCACGGAUCAGCCUUGAGAAAAGUGAUUUGGGUAACGCUGUGAAAAUGACCUGGGUUCCCUCUCCCCCACCCCCUAUUUCAUGCCUGGGGCUCCCCCCACAUGGAAGGAGAGUUACUUGAGACAUUAACGGAUUAUAUUCACCAGGGGUGGAAGGCCUAGGGUCUAAUGGGUUAGAGCAGGAUGGGGGCUGGGAGCCAGGACUCCUGGGUUCUCUCCCUGGCUCUGGGAGGGGAGUGGGGUCUAAUGGUUAGAGCAGGGGGGGCUGGGAGCCAGCACUCCUGGGUUCCUGGCUCUGGGAGGGGAGUGGGGGCUGGUGGGUUAGAGCAUCAGGGGCUGGGAGCCAGGACUCCUGGGUUCUCUCCUAUAUUUUUAGGUGGAGGUGCCUAGAGGGUCUGGUGGAUUAGAACAAGGGGGGGCUGGGAACUAGGAGCAGUUUAUCCCAGUCCAGAAAAGGGUGGGGUGGAGGGGAGGGGUACAUUUCAUUAUUCCUUUGAGGGCAGGGAUGUUAAGAUUAUUUUCCCUGCUCCAGAUUUGAUGUGUGUGUGUGUGGUGGGGGGAGGAGGAAUGUUAUGAAGUGGGGCAGUAGCUGGUGUCCUAGUGGCGGGUGUCAUGGAUUAAUAAGGGGUCCCCUAAUCUGGGCCCAUGAACAACAGGGUCAAAUGGAGCCAAUGCAGUGUGGUUCUGUCGCCCCCUAGUGGACUGAUCGGGUAGAAAGGCUACUGACGCUGUAGCGUGGGGCCUGCUCUUACAGUUGUGGGUUCGAGUCCCUGCAGGGUGGGGGACCAGAUUGGGGAUUGGCCCACACCCCCUGAGGGAGAGGGAAAGACGGCUAAAUGGGACCCGUAUUGGCUGGAUUAAGGAUGGAUUGCAGGAGACAGCUGAGGGAGGGAGAGAGGAAGAGGAAAGAAAGAAAAAUGUGGGUGGGAAAAACAGAGAGAGUGUAAAUGUGAAAGGAUGGGAAGGGAAGGUGGGAGUAAUGUUAAAUAGGACUCCUGGGUGCUCUCCCCAGCUCUGGGAGGGGAGUGGGGUCUAGUGGUUAGAGCUGGGGGGCCAGGACUCCUGGGUUCUAUCCCCAGCUCUGUCAUUGGUCCCCUGUGUAACCCCAGGCAAGUCCAUAUGUCAGUCUGUGCCUCAGUUUCCCCUUCUAAAGUGGCGCUUAUGAUACUGCCCUAAGGAGGAGGUGUGGGGAGGGAGGGCUCUGAGUUUCUCUGCUGAAAGCUGCUCCGCGGGUGCUAAGGAUGAACCUGCCUUCCAGCCACUGCGUGCAAGGGGGAGGCGGGGGGCUGGAGGCUGACCUGAGCUCAGUCCGGAGUCACCCCCAGACUGCCACGGGGCCAGGGCCGGGUUCUGAUCUCCCUUAUGCUCUGUCUGACCUUGUGCUAAUCCCUGGGUCUCAUCACCCGAGUCCUUCGGUAUCCCCCCUGCUAGCUCCAUGCCUGGGACGCUGACCUUAACGUCUGCCCCCUGCCCUCCGGGUUCCCCCCCCAUGUUAAAUAGCGUGAUGGAUCUCUGCGUAUAUUUUUUUAUAUCUCUGUAUAUUCCCCCCACCCCGUGUGUAUAAAUGUCCAUUCCCCUCCCCCAGCCCUGCGGCAAGUUCACUCUAAAGCAAAUCUUUCUAGCGAGAGAAAAAUGUUUGUAUUUCUUACCAUUAAAGCGCGACCUUCGGUCUGGA